AUGCUCGGAUUGCGGCAGUGGGGCUGCUGGGACCAUCGAGGAGGCAUUCAGGAUCGUCCGCCAGCUGCUUUGCUAAACCAUGGCUCCAAAAAUGUGAUGCUGAACAUCACAGAACAAGGUGAUUGUAUCCGCUUUUCUCUGCUGAUCUUGAAUGUUACAUUGAUGCUGCUGCUGUUCGAUGUCGCAUGGAUGUAUCAUUACAUAGAAGGAGAAUCAUUCCUGAAAUUGUAUGUGCUGUUCAACAUGUUGGAAAUGUUCGAACGUUGGUGCCGAUCUGUCGGAGUGGACUUGUUCGAUCUGCUCUUGGCGUCUAUUCGGCAUCCGUGGUACUCGUUACUUUCCAAGUACGGUGCGACUCUGCUUUACUGUUUCGUUCAUGCGACUAUCCAUCUGGUUCGAGUGAUCCUUCUGAAUGUGGCGAUCAAUACUUCAAGCAAUGCCGUAUAUCUUAUCAUUGUCACGAACAACUUUGCAGAGAUCAAAUCUACCGUGUUUAAGCGCUAUGAAGAGAAAAGCCUUUUUCCAAUAAUUGCCAGUGAUAUCGUGGAACGCUUCUAUGUGAUGCUGGACAUCAUAUUCGUGAUAGCCAGAUUGAGUGUUUCCGAGCCUUCGGGGAAGUUCACAGCCGUUGACAUCUCGUUCUGGUUGCUGCUGCUUGUUGUGCUUGAGAUCGGCACUGACUGGAUCAAGUUCUGCUUGAUCACGAAGUUCAGCGAGAUGCAGGCUAAGACCUUCGAGGUGUACUGGGAAGUGCUGCUUGCGGAUAUCUUGCUCUGCCGAUGUGGCAAGCUGGGUAACAGCCAGGUCGUUGGAAGUGGGGAAGAUCUGCUACUCAAGGAUGGCUCCUCGGCUCGGCACUGGCAGAAGUUCAGCACCCGUACGGGUGCUUUCUGCGAAGGGGACGGGAGCGACACCGGCCUGGAAGAGACAGGCUGGGAAGUCUUCAUUGGGCCGGCGCCGCCGUUCCGAGGCAUCCACUCCUUCAGCCACUCCUUGCAGCGACGGCUCGGCUUCAGCGGCGUGCCAAUGACAGCUCUGCAAUUCCCAAGCAUGUAA